GGACCGCGGGGCGGGCGGUGGCAGGGCGUGGGCGCCGCUCAAAGAUGGAGGCGGUGACUGAGGGGAGCUGGGAGUCGCUGCCCGUGGCGCUGAGUCCGGGCGUGCUGCAGGCACUGCGGGAGCUCGGCUUCGCCCGCAUGACCCCGGUGCAGUCUGCAACCAUUCCACUUUUCAUGAAUAACAAGGAUGUCGCAGCAGAAGCGGUAACAGGCAGCGGCAAAACCUUAGCGUUUGUAAUUCCUAUACUGGAAAUCCUUCUCCGACGGGAAGAAAAAUUAAAGAAAAUGCAGGUUGGGGCUAUAAUUAUCACACCAACGAGAGAAUUAGCUAUUCAAAUUGACGAGGUGCUGUCACAUUUCACAAAACACUUCCCCAAGUUUAGUCAGAUUCUUUUAAUUGGUGGUAGGAAUCCCAUGGAAGAUGUUGAAAAGUUUAAAGAACGCGGUGGGAACAUCAUUGUAGCUACACCCGGCCGCUUGGAGGAUCUAUUCAGAAGAAAAGCAGAUGGGCUGGAUCUAGCAAGUUAUGUGAAGUCCCUUGAUGUCUUGGUAUUAGAUGAAGCAGACAGACUUCUAGAUAUGGGCUUUGAAGCAAGUUUAAAUACCAUUCUGGACUUUUUGCCCAAGCAGAGACGGACAGGUCUGUUCUCAGCAACUCAAACUCAAGAGGUGGAGAACCUGGUGAGAGCAGGUCUUAGGAAUCCUGUCCGCAUCUCAGUGAAAGAGAAGGGAGUGGCAGCAAGCAACACACAGAAAACUCCAACACGCCUGGAGAACUAUUAUAUGAUCUGCAAAGCAGAUGAAAAAUUUAAUCAGUUGGUGCAUUUUCUUCGACAGCACAAACAGGAAAAACAUCUAGUCUUUUUCAGCACAUGUGCCUGUGUGGAAUACUAUGGGAAGGCUUUGGAAUCCUUAAUUAAACAAGUAAAAAUAAUGAGCAUUCAUGGGAAAAUGAAACACAAGCGUAACAAGAUUUUUACUGAGUUUCGGAAACUCCCAGGUGGCAUUUUAGUUUGCACUGAUGUGAUGGCCCGUGGCAUAGACAUUCCAGAAGUACACUGGGUUUUACAGUAUGACCCACCUAGCAGUGCAAGUGCCUUUGUGCAUCGGUGUGGUCGAACAGCACGGAUCGGCAAUGUGGGCAGUGCGCUUGUAUUUUUGCUUCCCAUGGAAGAAUCUUACAUUAACUUUCUCUCAAUCAACCAAAAGUGUCCCAUGCAGGAAAUGAAACCACAGACCAAUGUGUUAGAUCUUCUUCCAAAACUGAAGUCUAUGGCCCUAGCUGACAGGGCAGUGUUUGAGAAAGGGAUGAAAGCGUUUGUGUCUUAUGUCCAGGCUUACGCCAAACACGAAUGUAAUCUGAUCUUCCGAAUAAAAGAUCUGGAUUUUGCUAGCCUUGCCAAAGGUUUUGCACUGUUAAAAAUGCCAAAGAUGCCUGAACUAAGAGGAAAAUGUUUUCCAGACUUUACUCCAGUCACUGUUAAUACAGACUCCAUCUCAUUUAAGGAUAAAAAUAGAGAAAAACAGAGACAAAAGCAAUUAGAACAACAAAGAAAAGAAAGAGAGGAAAAUGGAGGCAAAAAGAAAUUCAUAAAGAACAAAGCCUGGUCAAAGCAGAAAGCGAAGAGGGAGAAGAAAAAGAAAGUAACAGCUAAAAGGAAGCAUGAAGAGGGCUCUGAUAUUGAAGAUGAGGAUAUGGAAGAGUUGCUGAAUGACACAAGGCUCUUGAAAAGAUUAAAAAAAGGAAAAAUUAGUGAAGAAGAGUUUGAGAAGAGACUAACAAGCAGCCACAGUCGACUCAAAGCAGAAACUGUUGCUGAUUUAGAGUCCGAAGGUUGACAGUUAUUCUAACCACACUUCUACGUUAAAAUACUGCCAAUUUCAAUAAAACUGUAUUUUUAUAUCAAAAUAACAAUGCAGAGAACAGAAUUGAUCUAGUUUUUUCAAUAAAGAGACCUGGUGUCCACAAAGACAUACAAGCAAGCCUGCAAGAACAAAGCUGAAAGCGCGUUGGCAUGGCAUGGCAGGAGCUGCACAUUUCCAUUUGCACCCUUGUGCAUUUUUUAAUUUUGAUUUUUUUUUCAGGUACGUACCA